AUGUCACUCCUUACCCACCUGUUGGCGUGUCUAUUUGGCAUGGGCUCCUGGGUGUCCAUUAACGGCCUAUGGGUGGAGCUGCCGCUAAUUGUUCCCCAGAUCCCAGAGGGUUGGUACCUGCCCUCGUACCUCUCCGUCCUCAUCCAGAUGGCCAAUGUGGGACCCUUGUUUGUCACCCUAAUGCAUCGCUUCCAACCCGGUGCGCUGAAUGAGAUGGCUGUCAUAUAUGUGAUCAUUGCUUUGGGCAUAAUAGCCAGCGUCCUGUUGGCCUUCUUCUGGACAGAGACUGUGAUGGUGGUAGGCAUCCCACGCAGUGUAGCCCUCCUCGUCCUAACCUUCUUCCUCUCUGUUGUUGACUGCACUUCCUCUGUCACUUUCCUGCCAUUUAUGAUGCGUCUCAAGCCCAAGUAUCUGACCACCUACUACGUUGGGGAAGGCAUGAGUGGCCUGUUGCCUGCUAUAGUGGCUUUGAUACAGGGAGUUGGGGUGGUCCGCUGUAUAAACAGCACACAGGCCCUGAACCAGACCUUGAAUCACUCUGACAGUGCUGUGACCUCUGAACUCCGGGCAGAGUACCAGCCUGCCAACUUCUCAGCUGAAGUGUUUUUCUUCUUCCUCAGUGCCAUGAUGCUGGUGUGCCUGACAGCUUUCCUGCUGCUCAACUACCACCCCUCUGUGGUGAGAGAGCACCCCAAAGGUCGCUACACCAAUGCAGUUCAAGAAAAAGGCAACACAGUUCACAAACAGAGCAGGUGGCCUGAGCAGAAGCCCAUGAUCGAUCCUGAUGGAGUUUCCAGUGGGAAGUCCAAAAGAAGCUUCGGCACAGGUGCUUACAGCUGGAUGCAGAUCCUGUACAUCUUUUUCAUCCUGGCCUGGACCAAUGCCCUGACCAACGUGGUGCUCCCCUCUGUACAGUCUUACUCAUGUCUACCCUAUGGGAAUAAUGCCUAUCACUUAUCAGCUACCAUGGCUGCUGUGUCCAAUCCACUGGCCUGCUUCAUUGCCAUGUACUUUCCACUAAGGUCCCUAAUGUUAAUGGGAGCUCUUACAGUCUUAGGCAGCGGGAUUGGAGCUUACAUCAUGGGCAUAGCAGUGUUGAGUCCCUGCCCUCUGUUGGUCACUGAGACCUCAGGUGGUGUCCUUAUUGUCCUGGCCUGGAUUGUCUUUGUUCUUACUCUGUCCUAUGUCAAAGUGAUGAUCGGUGUGAUUCUGCGUGAUGAGGGCCAUGGCGCCCUUGUGUGGUGUGGGGCAGUAGUGCAGCUUGGCUCUUUACUAGGCGCCGUAACCAUGUUCCCACUGGUCAGCGUGUAUAGUUACUUUUCAUCAGGAGAGCCAUGCAACACCAAGUGUCCCUAA